AUGCCCGACCAAGCCCCGCCGGACCACCGGCUCCCCGUGCUCAUCAUGGGCGCGGGGAUCAGCGGCCUCGUGCUAGCCCAGCACCUCCGAUCUCUUUCCGUCCCCUUUGUCGUGUUCGAGCGGGACUCUGAUCUGGCCACGCGCGGCCUCGGCUGGGGCCUCACUCUGCACUGGUCCCUCCCUGCCCUCCGUCACCUCAUCCCCGACCGCGUGUAUGCCCGGCUGCCCGAGGCCUACGUCGACCGCGCCGCCGUGGAGAGGGGCGAGGCGUCCAGGUUUCCGUUUUACGACCUCAGCACGGGAGAGCUGAGGGCCGCCACGCCCAAGGCACCCGAGGGACAGAGGAUCAGGGUUACGAGGGCGAAUCUGAGGAGGCUACUUGCCGAGGGCAUCGAUAUCCAGUGGGGUAAAACCUUUUCCUCCUACGAGUCCACCCCUUCCUCCGUCACCGUGACCUUUGAGGAUGGCUCCUCCCGCACGGGCUGCCUCCUCGUCGCCUGUGACGGCGGCGCCUCACGCGUCCGCCGCGCCCUCUUCCCCACCCAGCACGAACGCCACCAGAUUCCCGUGCGCACGAUGGGCUUCCGCGCCGACUUUUCCCCGCGGGAGAUCCGGGCCAUCCGGGCCAUGGAUCCCUUUUUCCUACAGGCGGCCGCGUCUGAGAAUGAUACGUUUAUGUAUUUCAGCAUCCUAAGCGGACCCCGCCAUCCCCGCACGCAGAGCAAGAGACCUCGAAACGGCGGAUCCAAGGGCCGCGGAGGAAGAAAGAAGCUCUUCAACAAGUACACGUGCCAGAUCGUCGUGUCCUGGCCCGACCGGCCGGGCUUCUUCGGCGAAGCGGACGGUGUCGCGUACCCGACCACGGACGAGGGUCGCGUCGGUUUGCUGCACCGGUUCGCCAGCACCUGGGCCGAGCCCUUCCGCUCUCUCGCGCUGGGCAUCGGGCUCGCGGGUAAGGGCGGCGCCGGGAGCAAGCGCAGUAGCAUCAGCUCUUCGCCGCCUUCCUCGCCCGCCCGCUCGCCUUCCCCGCUUCGGGGUCUUCGGCCGCCUCGGGGUGGGGUCGCGACCGAAAUUAAGACCAUGGACCUGUUUGACUGGCCGCCUCCCAAGGGGCUGAGGGGAACUGGUCGGGUGGUUUUGAUGGGUGAUGCCAUGCACCAGAUGACCAUGUACCGUGGCGAAGGAGCGAACCACGCCAUCGUGGACGUGCAAGACUUUGCCGACCUCGUCGCAGGGCCCCACCUCGCCCCCGCGCAGGGGCCUGCAAGCUUCCAGGAGCUAAGGCGGGCACUGGAUGCGUACGAGGACGCCGUGGUGGAGAGGGCGAGACCGGGCGUGCUCGCUUCCAGGCGGGCGUGCCUCGACGCCCACGAGUGGGGAAGAUCGGAGAGGCGAGUCCGCUGUUGA